GUUGCCGCCAGCCACAGCUCGCCAAAGUCAGUCGAUCGAUCAUGGGCGCCGUGACCAAGUACCCGUAUCCGAAGCACACGUGGUCCCCUGCCGGCGGGUGGUGGAACAAGCCCGCGAACUGGAAGAACCGCACAGGCAUCCUGGCUGGCGUCAUGGUACUGCUGAUCGUGCCCAUGACGGCGUUCUCGACCAAGCACAAUCGAACGUACAGCCACCUCCCCAAGAAGGACGACGAAGAGUAGAUUGCACGGCAUUUCACCCGUGUGCCAGUCGCAAAUUGAACACUCGAAUUAUCUCGGACCGCACGUGUUGAGAUGUGUAUAAGAUUAAGAGAUUAAAACUGAUGCCGAGACCGGUCGAUCUCUUUCACGUCGCUCGCUGCUGCGUCC